AUGGCAAAAGACCAGAACACAAUUCCUCAUGAUACAAUUGUGCGGGUUCUCUCGGAGAAAUCGAGGAACCUUGACGAAUAUCCUAACUCCAGGAUCCAACACCAUUUUGCAAAGGAUUUGAACACUGCUCUACAGUGCGGAAAAUGGGGUUCACAGCGACCCAGUGAUCUCUUCCUCAAAAUAUAUCAUGAUGCGCUUUGUCCACUUAUGCAAGACCCUAUGUCUGGCCUGGUGUCACCUCCUCUGAUGGGUAGCUCCGGUGUGGUGCCCUUGACAAUAAUUGGUACCCUGCCAGAUAUUUGUCACCAUUUAGCCAACUGUAUUGUAAGAGCGGAGAAAGAAAUAAUUUUUCUUACAAGCUACUGGAUAUAUUCAAAUAACUCUCAACUUCUGACUAAUGCAAUGAGAGAAUUAUCGAAGCGCACUGCUCUGCGAGGAACAAGAGUGGUAAUGAAGAUGAUGUAUGACCGGGGGAACGUGAAACAAGUCUUAAAUAAUCGCCAGCCGGUUAGCCGAAACGAGGCUCUGAGCGAGAGGGUUCGACUUCCUUCACCGGAAGAGAUUCCUAACAUUGAUCUACAAGUGCUCAAUUACCAUCGUCCUGUGGUCGGAACUCUUCACUCUAAAGUUAUGAUUGUAGAUAGAAAAAUGGCUCUUCUCAUGAGCAAUAAUAUACAGGAUAACGAUAACCUCGAGAUGAUGGUUAGAUUUGAGGGCUCUAUUGUUGAUUCGUUUUACGAUAUGGCCUUGAUUUCCUGGGAUAUAUCGCUUCAACCGCCACUGCCCAUGAUCGAAUCCCCGGCUUCACUUGAAGAACCUCCAAGCUUUGCAAACAAUAUUCAAGUAAAUGAGAGCAAUGAAGCGUAUAAUACGUAUAGAAUGGCCUCAAAGUUUUAG